UCUCGUCACUCAAAGAUGCAGGACCGGAGGGGACAGAUGGGAAGCGUGGAGACUGGAGGCUGUUCCUUUGAUGAGCACUACAGCAACUGUGGUUAUAGUGUGGCUCUGGGGACCAAUGGGUUCACGUGGGAGCAGAUUAACACGUGGGAGAAACCAAUGCUGGACCCAGCAGUGCCCACAGGAUCCUUCAUGAUGGUGAACAGCUCUGGGAGGGCCUCUGGCCAGAAGGCUCAUCUUCUUCUGCCCACCUUGAAGGAGAAUGAUACCCACUGCAUCGACUUUCAUUACUACUUCUCCAGCCGUGACCGCUCCAGCCCCGGAGCUUUGAACGUCUACGUGAAGGUCAAUGGCGGACCCCAGGGAAACCCUGUCUGGAAUGUGUCUGGGGUUGUCACCGAGGGCUGGGUGAAGGCGGAACUUGCCAUUAGCACCUUCUGGCCACAUUACUACCAGGUGAUUUUUGAAUCCGUCUCUUUGAAAGGUCAUCCUGGCUGCAUCGCUGUGGACGAGGUCCGGGUCCUUGCUCAUCCGUGCAGAAAAGCACCUCAUUUUCUACGACUCCAAAACGUCGAGGUGAAUGUGGGGCAGAAUGCCACAUUUCAGUGCAUUGCUGGUGGGAAGUGGUCUCAGCACGACAAGCUUUGGCUCCAGCAAUGGAAUGGCAGAGACACGGCCCUCAUGGUCACUCGUGUGGUCAACCACAGGCGUUUCUCGGCCACAGUCAGUGUGGCAGACACUGCCCAGCGCAGUGUCAGCAAAUACCGCUGCGUGAUCCGAUCGGAUGGUGGAUCUGGUGUUUCCAACUAUGCAGAGCUGAUUGUGAAAGAGCCUCCCACACCCAUUGCGCCUCCAGAGCUGCUGGCUGUGGGGGCCACCUACCUGUGGAUCAAGCCAAAUGCCAACUCCAUCAUUGGGGAUGGACCCAUCAUCCUGAAGGAGGUGGAAUACCGCACCACCACAGGCACCUGGGCUGAGACCCACAUUGUCGACUCUCCCAACUAUAAGCUGUGGCAUCUGGACCCUGAUGUGGAGUAUGAGAUCCGGGUGCUGCUUACAAGACCAGGCGAAGGGGGAACAGGACCUCCAGGGCCUCCACUCACCACUAGGACCAAGUGUGCUGACCCUGUGCACGGCCCACAGAAUGUGGAGAUUGUGGACAUUCGAGCUCGGCAGCUGACUUUGCAGUGGGAGCCCUUUGGCUAUUCAGUGACCCGCUGUCACAGCUACAAUCUCACAGUGCAAUACCAGUAUGUGUUCAACCAGCAGCAGUACGAGGCUGAAGAGGUCAUCCAGACCUCUUCCCACUAUACCCUGCGGGGCCUGCGCCCCUUCAUGACCAUCAGGCUUCGACUAUUGCUGUCCAACCCUGAGGGACGGAUGGAGAGUGAGGAGCUGGUGGUGCAGACUGAGGAGGAUGUUCCAGGAGCUGUUCCUCUUGAAUCCAUCCAAGGGGGACCUUUUGAAGAGAAGAUCUACAUCCAGUGGAAACCUCCCAAUGAAACCAAUGGUGUUAUCACACUGUACGAGAUCAACUACAAGGCUGUUGGCUCCCUGGACCCGAGUGCAGACCUGUCCAGCCAGAGGGGGAAGGUGUUCAAGCUCCGCAAUGAAACUCACCACCUCUUUGUGGGUCUGUAUCCAGGGACCACCUAUUCCUUCACCAUCAAGGCCAGCACAGCCAAGGGCUUUGGGCCCCCUGUUACCACUCGGAUUGCUACCAAAAUUUCAGCUCCUUCAAUGCCUGAAUAUGACACAGACACCCCGCUGAACGAAACGGACACGACCAUCACAGUGAUGCUGAAACCGGCCCAGUCCAGGGGAGCCCCUGUCAGUGUAUAUCAGCUGGUUGUCAAGGAGGAGCGACUUCAGAAGUCACGAAGGGCAGCUGACAUCAUCGAGUGCUUCUCAGUACCUGUGAGCUAUAGGAAUGCCUCCAGCCUGGAUUCGCUGCACUACUUUGCUGCUGAGUUGAAGCCAGCCAGUCUGCCUGUCACCCAACCAUUUACAGUGGGUGACAACAAAACAUACAAUGGCUACUGGAACCCUCCUCUCUCCCCACUGAAAAGCUACAGCAUCUACUUCCAGGCACUCAGCAAAGCAAAUGGAGAGACCAAAAUCAACUGUGUUCGUCUGGCUACAAAAGCACCAAUGGGCAGCGCCCAGGUGACCCCGGGGACUCCACUCUGCCUCCUCACCACAGGUGCCUCCUCGCAGAACUCUAACACCGUGGAACCAGAGAAGCAGGUGGACAACACUGUGAAGAUGGCUGGCGUGAUUGCUGGCCUCCUCAUGUUCAUCAUCAUUCUGCUGGGUGUGAUGCUCACCAUCAAAAGGAGAAGAAAUGCUUAUUCCUACUCCUAUUACUUGAAGCUGGCCAAGAAGCAGAAGGAGACACAGAGUGGAGCCCAGAGAGAGAUGGGACCUGUGGCCUCAGCUGACAAACCCACCACCAAGCUCAGCGCCAGCUGCAAUGAUGAAGGCUUCUCCUCCAGUUCCCAGGAUGUUAAUGGAUUUACAGAUGGCAGCCGUGGGGAGCUAUCCCAGCCCACCCUCACGAUCCAGACUCAUCCCUACCGGACCUGUGACCCUGUGGAGAUGAGCUAUUCCCGGGAUCAGUUCCAACCUGCUAUCCGCGUGGCCGACCUACUGCAGCACAUCACCCAGAUGAAGAGAGGCCAGGGCUAUGGGUUCAAGGAGGAAUAUGAGGCCUUACCAGAGGGGCAGACGGCUUCGUGGGAUACAGCCAAGGAAGAUGAAAACCGCAAUAAGAAUCGAUAUGGGAACAUCAUAUCUUAUGACCACUCCCGGGUGAGGCUGCUGGUGCUGGAAGGAGACCCACACUCGGACUAUAUCAAUGCCAACUACAUUGAUGGGUACCAUCGGCCACGGCACUACAUUGCAACCCAAGGUCCAAUGCAGGAGACGGUAAAGGACUUUUGGAGAAUGAUCUGGCAGGAGAACUCAGCCAGCAUCGUCAUGGUCACAAACCUCGUGGAAGUGGGCAGGCACCCAGCGGAACACACUGUGGGAAAUGCCACGCUAGGCCGUGCAGCGUCCCCCGGAAUGGUGAAGUGUGUGCGAUACUGGCCAGAUGACACAGAAGUCUAUGGAGACAUUAAAGUCACCUUGAUUGAAACAGAGCCCCUAGCAGAAUAUGUCAUUCGUACCUUCACAGUCCAGAAGAAAGGCUACCAUGAGAUCCGGGAACUCCGCCUCUUCCACUUCACCAGCUGGCCCGACCAUGGCGUCCCCUGCUAUGCCACUGGCCUUCUGGGCUUCGUCCGCCAGGUCAAGUUCCUCAAUCCCCCAGAAGCUGGGCCCAUAGUGGUCCACUGCAGUGCUGGAGCUGGGAGGACUGGCUGCUUCAUCGCCAUUGAUACCAUGCUUGACAUGGCUGAGAACGAAGGAGUGGUGGACAUCUUCAACUGUGUGCGUGAGCUGCGGGCACAGAGAGUCAACUUGGUGCAGACAGAGGAACAGUACGUGUUUGUGCAUGACGCCAUCCUGGAAGCGUGCCUCUGUGGCAACACGGCCAUCCCCGUGUGUGAGUUCCGCUCUCUCUACUACAACAUCAGUAGGCUGGACCCCCAGACGAACUCCAGCCAGAUCAAAGAUGAGUUUCAGACACUCAACAUUGUGACACCCCGGGUCCGGCCCGAGGACUGCAGCAUCGGGCUCCUGCCCCGCAACCAUGAUAAGAAUCGGAGCAUGGAUGUCCUGCCUCUGGACCGCUGUCUGCCUUUCCUCAUCUCUGUGGAUGGAGAAUCCAGCAACUAUAUCAACGCAGCACUGAUGGAUAGCCACAAGCAACCUGCCGCCUUUGUAGUCACGCAGCACCCUCUACCCAACACCGUGGCGGAUUUCUGGAGGCUGGUGUUCGAUUAUAACUGCUCCUCCGUGGUGAUGCUGAAUGAGUUGGACACUGUCCAGCUCUGCAUGCAGUACUGGCCUGAGAAAACGUCUGGGUGCUAUGGGCCCAUCCAGGUGGAGUUUGUCUCCGCAGACAUCGACGAGGACAUCAUCCACAGAAUAUUCCGCAUCUGCAACAUGGCUCGGCCCCAGGACGGAUAUCGUAUAGUCCAGCACCUCCAGUACAUUGGCUGGCCUGCCUACCGGGACACACCCCCCUCCAAGCGCUCUCUGCUCAAAGUGGUCCGGAGGCUGGAGAAGUGGCAGGAGCAGUACGAUGGGAGGGAGGGACGCACUGUGGUCCACUGCCUAAAUGGAGGAGGCCGCAGUGGAACCUUUUGUGCCAUCUGCAGCGUGUGUGAGAUGAUCCAGCAACAAAACAUCAUCGACGUGUUCCACAUUGUGAAAACACUGCGGAAUAACAAAUCCAACAUGGUGGAGACCCUGGAACAGUAUAAAUUUGUAUACGAGGUGGCACUGGAAUAUUUAAGCUCCUUUUAGCCCAAUGGGAUGGGGAACCUGCCAGAGUUCAGAGGCUGCUGUGGCCAGGCCCCUUUUUCUCUGAAAGGCAGUGACUGGGCCCAGGGACUCAGAGGUGGCACCCCUGCCUAACUCCGAAAAGAAGACUUGUGGCUCCAUGUUCUGCAGUGGGCUCUGUACCUUCUGAGAGGUCUCCUGUGGGAGAUGCUAUGCUUGCAAGCCUGGGAUCCCUUCCAAACCAGACCAGCCACAACCAGGGCCCAAAUGGAAGCGCACCCACAAACAAGGCCCUGGACUUGUGGCUCCCAGACCUUUUGCUUUUGUUCUUUCUGAGUUUGUGAAUCUCAUGGCAAGCCAACUGUGCAGGUGCUGGGGCGCGGGAGGCUGGCCAGCACCUCUUUUUCCCUCCUUGUUUUAGGAGUGUUGGGAAUGUGAGUUCUACUCCUCCAUGCAGUUGUUAUGGAAAAGAAUGGGGAUUUCGAAGUCACUACUCUGAUGCCCCCUGCAACCUCUUUCAGAGGCCUCUGGAACUAGAACACCUAUUCCUCUAGAUCAGGGUGACCUCCACAUAAGCCCUAGACCACAGCAGAGGCUCCUCUCAGUCCUCACACCUAACCUGCAUGGGGCUUGGCCCACUACCUUUCUAUAUCCCUUCCCCAGCCCAGGCCUUUACCGUCUGUCACUCACUGGCCAGCCAGCUCUGCCCACAGCACACUUCGAUAAAGAUUUUCUUUCCUUUUUUGUAGUCUGUGGGAGGAGGUGGAACUGUAGGGGAAUGUUGCGACUCCUCCUUUCCUUUGUAAAAGGUACUAGCCUGGUGCAGGGUUCUGGCUGGCUUGUACAGUAUAACCCUUAUGUUUCCGGGGUGGUAGCUUCCUCUGGGAGGGUUGAAGAAAAUAAGAUUUGGUUGUUUUCCCAAGUGUAUGUGAAAAGAAAUUUUCUGUUAAAGGUACAAAAUCUUAGUCUCUUAUGUUAAAAAGCUAAGGUGGGAGUUUGAGUGUGAAGCAAUGAGCCUAUUAUAUUGCCUGGUUGUGUCCUUGAAAGGUUCCCACCCAGGAUAGUAUAGCCAUUGAGCAAGGGAGAGAUGGGCUAGUCAAUAAAUGGUGUCUGGGUACCAGCUUUGAGCAUAAUUUGGAUCUCCAAAUUUGAGCUUCUUCCUAGAGAAGUCUAGCAUCCAUCUUGCUAAAGGCCAUUGUGGACCCAGUCAUGCUUUGGUUUAAACGAAUUACACCUGGGACUCUGAGUCUUGCCCAAAGUAUGAGUGAGUCAAGGAAAGGCAGCCAGUAUGUGCUAAGUAUCUCCUAUGUGCCAGCAUUAUGCGUGGCACCUUCCACAUGACACCUCAGUAGUCUCAUUAGCCCCAGCAGGGAGUGCUUAUCAUCUCCAUUUUGCAGUUGAAAAACUGAAGAACCUUCUUCAGUGAUGGAAUCUUGGGCUCCAAAAAGGCAGACAAAGACAACAAAACUUCUCUGAACUGUUUUCUUCCUACUUUCUCAGCCAAGCAAUUAUUUUAUUUAUGGAAAAAAAAUAAGGCUGGACACUUCUGAACAGAUAACUUCAUGAACAAAAGUUUAGUUCUUUCUUUCUGAUGCCAGUUCUUCUGAGAAGCCCACAUUUUCAGAUAUAUUUUAGUAACUCAUUCCUUGCUCCCCUGGAAAGCUGGUUUCAUCUAAUUUCUUCCUCUAGUGAAAAACAAUUCUAUUCCCUCAGGCUAUAAGAGAGCCAGCCAGGGACACUCUCUACCCUGGUCUCUAGCCAGUGCUUAGGUACAAUAUCUGACAGACUCAGGUGUCCUGAGAUCUAAGAAGCUCCAUCUUGCAAGCUGGUCUAGGGUAUAAGGAUCACAGAAUUCAAUAAGGCACAGUUUGUGCCCUUAGAUGCUUACUGUGCAAGAGAGAUUCACUCUGCCUAGGUCUCUCUAAAGGAAGUAGCAUCCAUUCCAGCUGGGUCUCGUCAGAUACCAAAAAGAAAAGAAAAAAGAAAACAAGGAGAUUCAAGCUAAUGGGUCAGUAUCUGCAAUGCAAAGAGGUACAAAAAGGCAUCAGGAAAGACAGGAUGAGAGGCCAGCCCAGCUAGAACAUAGCAGGACGGGAGAAUGGCAGGAAGUAAGCUAGGGUCAGGAAGACAGAUGCCCCACAGAGAGUGCAGAUGUUGUCCUGUGGUCAACAAGAAGCCAGCAAAGCUUCACAGUGAUGUGCUCACCCCAGUGCUGAAGAGGCCAGUGGGGCUGCCUCUUCUCCUUUCAUCAGACACUGUGAAAACAUUCCCUUAAGUGUGUUAUUUUUUAAAAUACUGUAUCUAUUUGUCUUUCUGCUCAUUAUUUUGUGGCUGGAACAAAAUAUGCAGUUGGUCAUGAGACACUGUUCCUGUAAGAUACCCGGAUCUCUGCUUUCCUACAGAGCAGGGUCAGCAAGCCAGGCCUCCAAGCCCAUUAAAAUGGAACAUGAAAGCGUCCCACAGAAGCUUCUUCCAUGGGCAUAGGCUCUGAAGCUGUCUAGAUGUCCAGACCACCAGACUUGAUCAAGAAAGCUGUCAUUUCGGAAGUUCAAAAGGAAAUCUCAAAGCAAAGGCAAGCAAAGGACCCCUGUGACUAACUCACUCUUCUUCUUUGAUGAGCCUCCUCCCAGGUGUAUUUGAGCCAAGUCCCCAGGGCCCAGCUCUGACUGGUCCUGCUGGCUUCCUCUGGCUCCAGUCCACUGCCCCAACUGGCUCUCCCAUCCUCGAGGAGAUUGCCGCAUGGUAUAUCUGGCCAGUGUCUACUAUUUCCUGAGAUCUUGGCUCAUCCAGACAAGCUGAGGUUGAAUUGAGGGCUGUUCAACACAAACCCUAAGAUUUAUUCUGUUCAGAAAGGAAGGAAAUAGCUGCAGAUAAAAAUGAGAGGGGCCUCUACCAUUUAAAAUGGUAGAAAUUUAAAAGGUGGCUUCAGGGAGAAGGAAAUUUGUAAAACUUCAAGCCAUGGUAGAGUUAACCCAAGGGCCAGCUUGUUCCCUCAUUUUGUCACAAUUCAACCACCCUCCAAAGAAGGUAGGGUAGUGAGCUGGUCUUGGGCUAGUGUACACGAAAAGAACUGAGGCUCAUGGAUGGAGAUGACUUCUCUAAUACCCCACAGGAAGGCUUAUAGGACAAGGGUUGAAUGAAAUCAGGUGAAGGUGCGCAGAAUUUGGACUUGAUCUCUUGCCCAGGAAAUCUCCCAAGCAAACACCACCUCUCCAGAUAUAUCCCCACCUUAGUAACAAAGUAGGCUCACCCUUCUAUGAGAAGAGGAAAUAGUAUUCAUGCUCUUCACAACAGAAACACUCUCAACUACAAGGUGCCAAAGAGCACCCUCCCUUAGCAAAGAUCUUCCUCUGGCUCUCAUCUCCUAAAUAGGGACCUCAUUUGAAAAAGAUGCAAAGAAUUAAUGAGAAGCCAGAAAUUGUCCCAACCUGUGUAUAUUUGUGGCCUAGAUAGAUUCACAAUAUAUCUCAGCUGUGUCCCAACAUCGUGUCUUUUCACCCAUCUGGUGUGAAGAUCCUGGGCCAGCCGGGUACCUCUGAGCCUGUAGACAGCCGCGGCAAGUCUCCCUUUGUGGGGAGAAAGGCACCAGCUUGCCUUUAGUGUUGGCCUUCUUUGUGCAUGUGGCCUGAGCAAUGGCCCACUAGAUGUCAAUCAUCACACAGAACUAGCUGCACCUGUGCUGGGGGCGCUACUAUGUGUGCUCAUUUCUUCCAAUAUUCCUAAGAAGAAUGCUUGUGAUUAUCAUAUCACCUCUUUACUGAGGAAACAGAGGCUCCCAUGGGGAAAUCACUUGCCCACAGCUCCAUACCUAGUAAAUCAGCAAGCCAGAAAUUAAACUUUUGUUUUUCUGACCAAAAGACAAUACUUUUCUACCAUUGUGUCUCAGAUUUUCCUAUGAGGUUACCCAAGACAGUAAAGACUAGAGUGGAAGAGGUAGCUCAGUAGAUCUUGGUAAAAUCCAACAGUAAGUAUAAAAUUCUUUUACAGUAUCAUAUUUUAACAAUUCGUGCAACAUUUGCAUUCUACUUCCUAAUUUAAACUGAUUUGUUUUAAUGUGACUCUACAAAUACUUUUUUUAAAUAUCCCCUAUAUCUCGUGGUUUUGAUCUGUUCGGGCCCCUUGUAUGAACCCUAGAGAAUGAUAUCCCAUUCUGUGGUAUAGUGUCUGACCUGCUGUUUCCCCACUAAGGCCAAUUCCAGACUCAAGCUCAAAACCACAUCGCCCUCCUACAGGCAGAUCCUUUGGCGUAGGAGUACCCAACCUCACUGUUCCCAGGUUAAUGUCAGCUAAGGUCUCUUCCAGUUGAGUGCUGGAAGGAACCAUUUAACAGACUAGAAUGAGGAGGAUUUGCCUAUCUGGCAUAGUGAGGAAUGAUUCCACAAAUCCCUCAAAGGAAAAGGGAAGCUGGAUGCAACAUUAGGCAACAGACUCCUGAAUGCUGGGCUUCUAGAAGGUAGUUCCCAUUGUCUACGAGGAGCUCCAUGUUAGCUGAUGUGAUCCACUCUCUGAACACAUUUUACAUGAGGGGCUUUGGUCUAGAAAGCCACUCAAUUUAUCUUACAGUUUCACUGGGUUCAUACAACAUGCAUCACUCUGGAGUAGUGCUACCAGAAAGCACAGAUUGCUACGGCAUAGUGCAUCCUGUGGUGAGGAGUAGAGUGAUGGUGGAAAGAGCUCGGUCUUUGGUUAGAACUCUAGCCUUGCCAUUUUGUGGCUAUAAAAGGGUGGGUUGAACAACUCAUGGAAAAAUAAACGUGCAAAGGGAAGCCUCAGCCGUGUUAUAAGGAAUAGAUUUGGGGGACAUCAGCAGGAAAACAGGAAGGCAAGACCAGAAAAUUGGAAGCCAAUGAAUGCUCAGAGCCCAGGAUGCUUAUGGAUUAUUUGGCCACUUCUAUGAUAUGGCAGGACAGGGGAUGAGGCAAAGGUGCAGCUUUGGGGGAAAAAUAUCUUGGUGUCUGGGGUGAAAGGUGAUCAUCAUUUUCCCUCUGACCAGUCAUGUUCAUUCACCUUCCAUCUCUGGUCACACUUACAUUCUAAUGUGUAAGCUUAGUAGGAUCCAUGUCUCUACCACUCUAGCGAGGCUUCUAUAGACAACAGAAGUGAGGCCCAGGUAGGAAUAGCUUGGUACUUAUGUCAUCUCUGGAGCAGUGACUGCCCAAUCCAGCUCCAGAAACACUGAAGGGAAUGAUCAUUCCCUUGGAUCUCACAGCCUAAGGACAGAAUGAAGAGAGCCACUUUUCCUUAGUCUGCAGGCGGCCACUCCCAGGCUGGCCAGAUUGGCCAUCAGCACCCAGCUGAAUCAGGAUUUGCUGUGGAAGACAUGGGUGAACUCAAAUGUAAGCCAAAAAAAUCAAUGGUCUGUACUGGGCCAAAAUCCCAGGGACAAGUUUUCAACCAAAGCUGAAGAGCAUGCCACAAUAUAGAACAUGGAUGGUCAUAUAAUCUCAAAGAUCUGACUUCCUGACUUAACCUUUCCAUCACAAAACCAACAGGAGCCUCUUCUCGGCCUCUGAUCAGCUCUAAAUUACAGCCAAGUAUAACAGAGAAAUAAGUAAAUCCAACUGGAGACAAACAACUGAGAUUCAGUCUUGUUUCUAUACUCCUAUGCAAAGGCUCCCUGACAGGGGUUUUCUACGUAUACUUAGCUAAGAAUUGUAAAAUACAGAGUUUCAGCUUCUGCUGGCAGGAAUUUGCCUUUGAGGUUAUAUACUGUCUGAGCAGCAGGAAGAGAGGUCAGGGGUAGACAGCUCCAGUUUUGUCUGGCACAUAUUUCAGGGUCAUAGAUCUGAUCCCCAGAAAUACAGAAGAGAUUUCUAUGCCAUAUCUGUGCACAUAAACAGACUUAGUCUCUUGGUAACCAGGGAUAGACUUUUGUAUAAGACUGGCUGUUCAACUGACUUGUAGAAAUCAAGACCAUGUCUUUCCUAUUUCUUUCCCAGCUUCAGAAGACAUAGGAAAGGUAUCAAAAAGAACACAGUCACUUAUGAAGUCCACUCCUGAAUGUUAGGUUUCCAAGAGGAGGAAUCAGAAUUCACAAUGCCUAACCCCCAAGCCUGGCGUACAUCCAUCUAAGAGCUUGUCAGUUCACUAGGGAUAUGGGAAGAGUCAGGAUGGAAGAGGGUCUAUUAGAAAGAGCUGUGAGAACUAAAUAACCACGGGACUUACCUAUGUAUCUGAGUACUGCUCUGGGUGGUAGGUUAUAGACUCUGGUCCUUGAUUGGAAUUCCUGGAGAAAGAAGAGGUAGAGGCUUUGGAGUACUGGUUAGGAAAGUAUGAGUAUCAAAGCCUGGAGCUCAGGGUAGCUAACGUGUUUCAUGGCUCCUUGGUGAGCAGGACUCUUGGGUUGGGGGUAGGGGUAAAGGAACAAACUGGUAAGACUGCAAAUUUGAAUCUUGUACAAGUAUUCAGUGCCUUUGGGUUUGUGACUAUAAAUUGAUCAGCCUUAGGUGAUGGUCUGACAAACUCAUGGCCCACCCUACCGAACAAAGCAGUGUCAUUCUACAUAAAAUCAGGCUUCUGAAGUUCAGAUGGGAUGCUGGUACCCAUAUCUUCUGUAGAACUGCAGAUUAUUGGAUAAAGUCAUGCACAAUUUCUAGUCCUGAGCUACUCCUGUGAAUGGAACCAGAGGGAAACUUCAGAGCUGUAAGGAAGAACUUGCUGACUGCCAGAGAGGAUGAGCUGUCCAACUCAGUAGCUUCUGACAGAUACCAGGUGUCUCACUAAAGAACAGCUGAAGUAUUGCUGAGAUGAUCUUUUGGUCCUUUCCAUCCUAGAUGGGUGAGAUCCUGUGGAGCUUGGAUCAUGUUUGAACUCAAUUAUACCUGAGGUCAAGUCAUGCUUUGUGCAGGUUGAAGCCUCCUGCUCUCCCAUCUAAGCCUACUUAACACACCGGCCAAGAUGCUAUUCUGGCCAAAAAUCCUCAUCUCAUCCAAGCUUGACCAUCACCACACACUAAGCCAGAAGAAACAACUGGUUUGCCAUAGAUAUGAGGCCCACUGAGAUCUCAGAUGAGAACCCACUGGUCAACAGGUCCAUCA